GACAAAUUUCAACUCGCUCUUCUGGGUUGUACUGCUAUGUUGCUCGAUUUGGGAUGGAUUUGCCCAACCAGGUGGAAGUGAUUGUAUAAAAGCUAAUGCAAAAUCAUGUGGGGAAUGUAUACAAGCAGGACCAAACUGUGGCUGGUGCAAAGCGCAAAAUUUUUUACAAGAAGGAGAGCCAACUUCUGCCCGAUGUGAUGACUUGGCAGCACUAAAGAGUAAGGGCUGCUCUCCAGAUGAAAUAGAAAAUCCUAGAGGUAAAAAAGGAGUCCUCAAAAAUAAAGAGGUAACAAAUCGUAGCAAAGGUACUGCAGAAAAGCUCAAACCAGAGGACAUUACCCAGAUCCAGCCACAGCAAUUAGUACUGAAGCUGCGAACAGGGGAACCACAGACAUUUUCAUUAAAAUUUAAGAGAGCUGAAGACUACCCCAUUGAUCUUUAUUACCUUAUGGAUCUCUCUUACUCCAUGAAGGAUGAUUUAGAAAAUGUGAAGAGUCUUGGUACUGCUCUAAUGAGAGAAAUGGAGAAAAUAACUUCAGAUUUUCGAAUUGGAUUUGGCUCCUUUGUGGAGAAAACUGUGAUGCCUUAUAUAAGUACCACACCAGCCAAACUCAGGAACCCUUGCACAGGGGACCAAAACUGUACGAGUCCAUUUAGUUACAAAAACGUGCUCAAUCUUACCAGCGAGGGAAAGCUGUUCAAUGAACUUGUAGGUAAACAACACAUAUCUGGCAAUUUGGAUUCUCCUGAAGGUGGAUUUGAUGCAAUAAUGCAAGUUGCAGUUUGUGGAACACAAAUUGGAUGGAGAAAUGUGACACGAUUGUUGGUAUUUUCUACGGAUGCUGGAUUCCACUUUGCUGGAGAUGGUAAACUUGGUGGAAUUGUUUUACCAAAUGAUGGGCGGUGUCAUCUGGAAAAUAACAUGUACACAAUGAGUCAUUACUAUGAUUAUCCCUCCAUUGCUCACCUGGUACAGAAGCUUAGUGAGAACAACAUUCAGACAAUUUUUGCCGUUACUGAGGAGUUUCAGGCAGUUUACAAGGAACUGAAAAAUCUGAUCCCAAAGUCAGCAGUUGGAACUCUGUCUGCAAAUUCCAGCAAUGUAAUUCAACUGAUUAUUGAUGCCUACAAUUCCUUGUCUUCAGAGGUUAUCUUGGAAAACAGCAAGUUACCGAAAGGAGUAACAAUCAAUUAUAAAUCUUACUGCAAGAAUGGAGUGAAUGGCACAGGAGAAAAUGGCAGAAAGUGUUCCAACAUUUCAAUUGGAGAUGAGGUUAAAUUUGAGAUUAGUGUAACCGCUAAUGAGUGUCCAAAGAAAGGACAAAAUGAAACCAUUAAAAUUAAGCCACUGGGUUUCACUGAAGAAGUGGAAAUUAAUCUUCAGUUCAUCUGUGAAUGUCAGUGUCAAAAUGAGGGAAUUCCUAAUAGUCCAGAUUGCCAUCAGGGGAAUGGAACAUUUGAGUGUGGUGCUUGCAGGUGUAACGAAGGACGUAUUGGAAAGGAGUGUGAAUGCAGCACAGAUGAAGUAAAUAGUGAAGAUAUGGAUGCUUACUGUAGAAGAGAGAACAGUACAGAAAUAUGCAGUAACAAUGGGGAGUGUGUUUGCGGACAAUGUGUAUGCAGAAAAAGGGAAAACACCAAUGAAGUCUACUCUGGCAGAUAUUGUGAAUGUGAUAACUUCAACUGUGAUAGAUCUAAUGGCUUAAUUUGUGGAGGAAAUGGUAACUGCAAAUGUAGAGUAUGUGAGUGUUUCCCCAAUUUCACUGGCAGUGCUUGUGACUGCUCUUUGGAUACGUCUUCAUGUAUGGCUUCCAAUGGGCAAAUCUGCAAUGGAAGAGGAACCUGUGAGUGUGGAACCUGUAACUGCACAGAUCCCAAAUUCCAAGGCCCCACGUGUGAAAUGUGUCAGACCUGCCUUGGUGUCUGUGCAGCGCACAAGGACUGUGUUCAGUGCAGAGCUUUCAAAAAGGGAGAAAAGAAGGACACAUGUUCUCAGGACUGUAUGCAUUUCAACAUGACACUAGUGGAAAGUCGAGAUAAGUUACCACAGCCUGGCCAGCCUGAUCCACUGUCUCACUGUAAAGAGAAGGAUGUUGAUGACUGCUGGUUCUAUUUCACAUACUCCAUCAAUGCAAACAAUGAAGCCAUUGUCCAUGUGGUGGAGACACCAGAAUGCCCCACUGGCCCGGACAUCAUUCCCAUUGUAGCUGGUGUGGUUGCUGGAAUUGUUCUGAUUGGUCUUGCUUUAUUAUUGAUUUGGAAACUACUUAUGAUCAUUCAUGACAGAAGAGAAUUUGCUAAAUUUGAAAAGGAGAAGAUGAACGCGAAGUGGGACACGGGUGAAAAUCCUAUUUACAAGAGUGCAGUGACAACUGUGGUCAAUCCUAAAUAUGAGGGGAAAUGAACACUACUUGUAUUACUUCACAACACUGUAUGCAAUGUAGCAAUUUUUGUAGUCACAGUAAGAUAGAUUUAGGGCAAUUCUGCAGUGAUUUUACUAACUCAUUACAUGUAGGUUUGUUUCCUAUGCAGAUUUUUAAAAUGUACAAUAUGUAAUUUUUUUUCUUCAAAUAAAAUAAUCAGUGCCAGGGGACUGAGAGAAAACUUGAGGCUUCAUAGCCUAAUCAGCUAAGGUCACAUGGUGCCUUUUUGACCUUUUCCUUACUGUGUUGUUCAAAUGUAGGUCUUCUGUGGGAAGUAUACGAUACUGCUGUUAUGUGACUGGGGGGGAAAUGGUGAAAUCAAUCAGUAUGGAGGCUCUGCCUAGCAACUGAGUAUUAAAAAUGAAGUUUUAGCUUUACAGGGUUAUCAGGGCUUGAGUUUGCAGACAUAGUUAAAAUGUUAACUAAAUAUUUCCUUGCAAACUCUCACAGAUUUUUUUUAAGUUGAUCAAUGACUGGGUAUCUGUUAGAUAUAUCUGAUUAGAAACAGUAAGAUGAAUAGGCUGGAAACAAAUGGUGCAAAAGGCUGUGAAAAAUGUCUGCAUACCUAUUAUUAAAUUGUCAAGUGCCAGGUUAUGGACAAAUUGAAGGGGAUAGGAAGGAAAAGCUUUAAAAUUUCUGCCAUUUUUCAAGAAGUUGCUGCUUAGUAUCUUGCAUAUUUUUUCUUUGUAAAUUCAAGCCCUGGCCAGCCUGCAGUACCGUGAAGCACUCACCAGGUCAUCUUCUAAGUACAUGAGGGCCUUAAUUCAUAUAGUGUCCUUUUUUGUAAUGUUUCCUUGCUUUUAAAGUCUGGUGCCUGACACCUUUCUAAUCUUUUAAUGUAUUUGGUUGCAAUUUUUUGUAAUAUUUUUGUAUCAGCACAACUUUUAUUUUCUUUUGCAGUCUUGGCUGUACAUUUGCCUUUACCCUGUAGCUGAGAUUGCAUUGUUUGUACUGUGACAUGACUGUCACUGUCAGGUUUCAUUUUUGACAUGUGCCAUGUAUAUUUGCCUUUGAACAUUAAGAUUGCAUCUGUUAUAAAUUGGUUUGUUGUUUUAAGUGCCUUUUUAGUUUAACAGAUGUUCACUUUUUACAGUGCUAUUACUGAAGUUAUUUAUUAAUGAAAAGUACCUAAAAACA